GCGCACAAAGUUGUGGAGUCGCCGCGCCUCGGAGGCGGGCAGCGGGCGGCCGCAGCCUGCCGCGGGCUUUCUCCCGCCGCGGGGCGAGGAGGAGCCUCCGGCUCCCGAAGCCGAUUGGGGAAUCACCGGGAGCGCACUGCCCCCUUCUUUUGGGCCAUUUCUGCGGACGGAAAACUAGUGUUUGGCAAACUUGGUGCCUGCGCGCCUGCUCCAGGUUUGCACUAGGACUGUUGUGCUUUUUUGGCGGAACUACCGGGCAGGAAGAUUGCACAAGUCAGAGGCGUUUUGAAUCGGGUGUCCAAAAACAGAAAAGAAAAAAAUUCCUGUUUUUUUUUCGGACGUUGUCUAGGUCUCCACUUUUCAUUUUUAAAGAACAUCGCACCCAGAACUCACGCUCGCACAGUCCAGCCCCCCCCCCCGCGGUUUCUACGACCCAAACAUCCAGACCGGAGCCCUUGGCCGCUGGGGACGCGGCGGCGGCGGCUGGGAGGCGAGGCGGCCCGCGGGUCACGGGAGCAGGUAUUGAUGUCAAGCUGGAGCAUUAUAGAAAACUGAAAGUCUUAAAAAAGAGUAUUUAGGAAAGUCUUUGGAUUAUAUCGAAACCCAGCAAAGAUGGCCAAGUGUGGAGAGCUUGAACCCAGGCCUGACGAUGGGCAGAACGAGUUCAGUGACAUCAUUAAGUCCAGAUCUGAUGAACACAAUGACGUGCAGAAGAAAACUUUCACCAAAUGGAUUAAUGCUCGAUUUUCAAAGAGUGGGAAACCACCCAUCAGUGAUAUGUUCACAGACCUCAAGGAUGGAAGGAAGCUAUUGGAUCUUCUAGAAGGCCUCACAGGAACAUCACUGCCAAAGGAACGUGGUUCUACAAGGGUCCAUGCUUUAAACAAUGUCAACAGAGUGCUGCAGGUUUUACACCAGAACAAUGUGGAUUUAGUGAACAUCGGAGGAACUGACAUCGUAGAUGGAAAUCACAAACUGACUCUGGGGUUGCUUUGGAGCAUCAUUCUGCACUGGCAGGUCAAGGAUGUCAUGAAGGAUAUCAUGUCAGACCUGCAGCAGACGAACAGCGAGAAGAUCCUGCUGAGCUGGGUGCGCCAGUCCACCAGGCCGUACAGCCAGGUCAAUGUCCUGAACUUCACCACCAGCUGGACGGAUGGGCUCGCCUUCAACGCAGUGCUCCACCGACAUAAACCUGAUCUCUUCAGCUGGGAUAGAGUUGUCAAAAUGUCCCCAAUUGAGAGACUUGAACAUGCCUUCAGCAAGGCUCAAAAUUAUUUGGGAAUUGAAAAGCUGUUGGAUCCGGAAGACGUUGCUGUUCAGCUUCCUGACAAGAAAUCCAUAAUUAUGUAUUUAACGUCUUUGUUUGAGGUGCUACCUCAGCAAGUCACUAUAGAUGCCAUCCGUGAAGUAGAGACACUCCCAAGGAAAUACAAGAAAGAAUGUGAAGAAGGAGAAAUUAAUAUACAGAGCCCAGUGCCAGAGGAGGAGCAUGAGAGCCCCCGCGCUGAAACGCCCAGCACGGUCACCGAGGUGGACAUGGAUCUGGACAGCUAUCAGAUAGCCCUGGAGGAAGUGCUCACCUGGCUGCUUUCUGCCGAGGACACUUUCCAGGAGCAGGAUGACAUUUCUGAUGAUGUUGAAGAAGUCAAAGACCAGUUUGCCACCCAUGAAGCUUUUAUGAUGGAGCUGACUGCACACCAGAGUAGCGUAGGGAGUGUCCUGCAGGCAGGAAACCAGCUGAUAACACAAGGCACUCUGUCAGAUGAGGAGGAGUUUGAGAUUCAGGAACAGAUGACCCUGCUGAAUGCGAGAUGGGAGGCCCUGAGGGUGGAGAGUAUGGACAGACAGUCCCGGCUGCAUGACGUGCUGAUGGAACUGCAGAAGCAGCAACUGCAACAGCUCUCUGCCUGGUUAACACUCACCGAAGAGCGCAUUCAAAAGAUGGAAACUUGCCCCCUGGAUGAUGAUUUAAAAUCUCUACAAAAGCUGCUAGAAGAACAUAAAAGUUUGCAAAAUGAUCUUGAGGCUGAACAGGUGAAGGUAAAUUCAUUAACUCACAUGGUGGUAAUUGUUGAUGAAAACAGUGGUGAGAGUGCUACAGCUGUUCUAGAAGAUCAGUUACAGAAACUCGGUGAACGUUGGACAGCAGUGUGCCGAUGGACUGAAGAACGCUGGAAUAGGUUACAAGAAAUCAAUAUAUUGUGGCAGGAAUUACUGGAAGAACAGUGCUUGUUGAAAGCUUGGCUAACUGAAAAAGAAGAAGCUUUAAAUAAAGUCCAGACGAGCAACUUCAGAGACCAGAAGGAGCUAAGUGUCAGUGUUCGGCGACUGGCUAUUUUGAAGGAAGACAUGGAAAUGAAACGUCAAGCAUUGGAUCAGCUGAGUGAGAUUGGCCAGGAUGUGGGUCAAUUACUUGAUAAUCCUAAAGCGUCUAGGAAGAUCAACAGCGACUCCGAGGAACUGACUCAGAGGUGGGAUUCUCUUGUCCAGAGACUAGAAGAUUCCUCCAACCAGGUGACUCAGGCUGUCGCCAAGCUGGGGAUGUCCCAGAUUCCUCAGAAGGACCUUUUGGAGACUGUUCGCAUAAGAGAACAAGUAACUACAAAAAGGUCUAAGCAAGAGCUGCCUCCUCCUCCUCCGCCAAAGAAGAGACAGAUCCCUGUGGAUCUGGAAGCUAAGAAAAAGUUUGAUGCUGUAAGUGCAGAGCUGUUGGACUGGAUUUUGAAAUCAAAGACCACCAUUCAGGACACAGAAAUAAAAGAAUAUAAGAAGAUGCAAGAGACAUCAGAAAUGAAAAAGAAGUUGAAGGGAAUAGAAAAAGAACGGACAGAAAGAAGGCCCAGACUGGAUGAAUUAAACCAAACUGGACAAAUCCUCUUGGAACAGAUGGGAAAAGAAGGUCUUCCUACUGAAGAUACAAAAAAUAUUCUGGAGAAGGUAGUAUCAGAAUGGAAGAGUAUAUCUCAGCAUUUGGAAGAUGUGGCAAGAAUGAUUCAGCUCCAGGAAGAUAUAAAUGCUUACUUUCAGCAACUCGAUGAGCUUGACAAGACCGUGAAGACAGCGGAGGAAUGGGUUAAACAUGCUCCCUUCUCAGAGCCUCCCCAGCAGUCCUUGCCACGUUUGAAGGACUCCUGUCAGAGGGAACUGACAAACCUCCUUGGCCUCCAACCCCAAAUUGAAAUGGUCCAUGCCAGCUGCGCAGCCCUCAAGUCCAGGCCGUCUGCCCCAGAUUUUGUCCAGCAGAGCUUUGAUCGCUUUCUGGGCCGCUACCAAUCUGUGCAACAGGAUUUACAGGACCAUCAACAACAGCUAGAGAACGAAAUGAAGAGCCAACCUGGACAUGCAUAUUUGGAAACACUGCAAACACUGAAAGAUGUGCUAAAUGAUGUAGAUAAUAAGGCCCAGACACCUUUGAAUGCCUUGAACGAUCUUGCAAAGGUGGAGAAAGCCCUGCAAGGGAAAAAGGCCCUUGAUGAAAUCCUUGAGAAUCAAAAACCUACUUUAUAUACACUUGCAGAAGAAACAAAGGCUUUGGAGGAAAACGUUUCUCCAGAUGUAGAAAAGAUGUAUAAUCAAGAAUUUAAUGAUGUUCAAGGAAAGUGGAACAAACUAAAGGUCAAGGUUUCCAAAGAUCUGCAUUUGCUUGAGGAAAUUACCCCCAAACUCAGAACUUUUGAGGCUGAUUCGAAAGUCAUUGAGAAGUGGAUGGAUGGUGUGAAAGACUUCUUAAUGAUAGAGCAGGCCGUCCAAGGCGAUUCCGAAGGGCUACAAAGGCAGCUGGACCAAUGCUCGGCAUUUGUCAAUGAACUAGAAGCAGUCGAAUCAUCUUUGAAAGACAUGAAGGAAACAGAGGCUAACCUUCGAAGUUGUCCUCUUGCUGGAAUCAAAAUGCGGGUGCAGACAAAACUAGCUGACUACCAAACCCAACUGGAGAAAUUUAGCAAGGAGAUUGCUAUUCAAAAGAAUAGGUUAUCUGAAAGUCAGGAAAAAGCAGUGAACCUGAAGAAAGACUUGGCAGAGAUGCAGGAAUGGAUGACCCAGGCGGAAGAAGAAUACCUGGAGAGAGAUUUUGAGUACAAGUCACCAGAAGAACUUGAGAGUGCUGUGGAAGAAAUGAAGAGGGCAAAAGAGGAUGUGUUGCAGAAGGAGGUGAGAGUGAAGAUUCUGAAGGACAACAUCAAGUUAUUGGCUGCAAAAGCGCCCUCUGGUGGCCAGGAAUUGACAUCGGAGCUGAACGUCGUGCUGGAGAAUUACCAGCUUCUUUGUAAUAGAAUUCGAGGGAAGUGCCACACGCUAGAGGAGGUGUGGUCUUGCUGGAUUGAACUGCUUCACUAUUUGGACCUAGAAACCACCUGGCUAAACACCCUGGAAGAGCGGAUGAGGAGCGCAGAGGCCCUGCCUGAGAAGGCAGAUGCCCUCAGCGAAGCCCUGGAGUCUCUAGAAUCUGUUUUGCGACAUCCAGCGGAUAAUCGUACCCAGAUUCGGGAACUUGGCCAAACUCUGAUUGAUGGAGGGAUCCUUGAUGAUAUAAUCAGUGAGAAACUAGAGGCUUUCAACAGUCGGUAUGAAGAACUGAGUCACCUGGCAGAGAGCAAGCAGAUUUCUUUGGAAAAGCAACUCCAGGUCCUGCGGGAAACCGAUCACAUGCUUCAAGUCUUGCAGGAGAGCUUAGGGGAGCUGGACCAGCAGCUCACCACAUACUUGACUGAUAGGAUAGAUGCCUUCCAAGUUCCACAGGAAGCUCAGAAAAUCCAAGCAGAGAUCUCAGCCCAUGAGCUUACGCUAGAGGAGUUGAGAAGAAAUACCCGUUCUCAGCCUCCACCUUCCCCAGAAGGCAGGACUGCUAGAGGAAGUCAGAUGGAUGUGUUGCAGAGAAAACUUCGAGAGGUAUCGACAAAGUUCCAGCUUUUCCAGAAGCCUGCUAACUUCGAACAGCGCAUGCUUGACUGCAAGCGUGUGCUGGAUGGUGUGAAAGCAGAGCUUCAUGUUCUGAACGUGAAGGAUGUGGACCCGGAAGUCAUCCAGACCCACCUGGACAAGUGUAUGAAACUCUACAAAACUUUAAGUGAAGUCAAACUUGAAGUGGAGACUGUAAUCAAAACAGGAAGGCACAUUGUCCAGAAGCAGCAAACUGACAACCCCAAGGGGAUGGAUGAACAACUGACCUUGCUGAAGGUUCUCUACAACGACCUGGGGGCCCAGGUGACAGAGGGAAAACAGGACCUGGAGAGAGCGUCCCAGCUGGCCCGGAAAAUGAAGAAAGAGGCUGCUUCUCUCUCUGAAUGGCUUUCUGUUACUGAAGCUGAAUUGGUACAGAAAUCCACUUCAGAAGGAUUGCUUGGUGACCUGGAUACAGAAAUUUCCUGGGCUAAAAAUGUUCUGAAGGAUCUGGAAAAGAGAAAAGCUGAUUUAAACACCAUCACAGAAAGUAGUGCCGCCCUCCAGAACUUGGUAGAGGGCAGUGAGCCUGUUUUAGAAGAGAGGCUCUGUGUCCUUAACGCUGGGUGGAGCCGAGUUCGCACCUGGACCGAGGAUUGGUGCAACACCUUAAUGACUCAUCAGAACCAGUUGGAAAUAUUUGAUGGAAAUGUUGCUCACAUAAGUACCUGGCUUUAUCAAGCUGAAGCUCUGUUGGAUGAGAUUGAAAAGAAACCAGCAAGUAAACAGGAAGAAAUUGUGAAGCGUUUACUAUCUGAGCUGGAUGAUGCCAGCCUUCAAGUUGAGAAAGUCCGCGAUCAAGCCGUUGUUUUGAUGAAUGCUCGUGGAGGCUCAAGCAGGGAGCUUGUAGAGCCAAAAUUAGCUGAACUGGAUAGAAACUUUGAAAAGGUGUCUCAACACAUCAAUAGUGCCAAAUUGCUAAUUGGCCAAGAACCAUUAUCAUACCAAUGUCUGGUCACCACUGAAGCAUUUGAAACUGAUGUGCCUUUCUCUGACUUGGAAAAAUUAGAAUAUGACAUAGAAAAUAUGUUAAAAGUUAUGGAAAAACACUUGGAAACCAGUAAUGAAGAUGAAAAGAUGGAUGAGGAGAGAGCCCAGAUUGAGGAAGUUCUACAAAGAGGAGAACAAAUGUUACAUCAACCUAUGGAGGAUAGUAAGAAAGAAAAGAUCCGUUUGCAGUUAUUACUUUUGCAUGCAAGAUACAACAAAACUAAGAAUAUCAAAGACCAACUGGACAAACUCGGAGAGCAGAUUGCAGUCAUUCAUGAAAAACAACCAGAUGUUAUCCUCGAAGCCUCGGGACCUGAGGCCAUUCAGAUCAGGGAUACACUUUCUCAGCUGAAUGCAAAGUGGGACAGAAUUAAUAGAAUGUAUAAUGAUCGUAAAGGGUAUUUUGACAGGGCUGUGGAAGAAUGGAGGCAGUUCCACUGUGACCUUAAUGACCUCACCCAGUGGAUAACAGAAGCCGAAGAAUUACUGGCAGAUACGUUUGCUCCAGAUGGUGGCCUGGACUUAGAGAAAGCCAGGAUACAUCAGCAGGAACUCGAAGAGGGAAUCAGCAGCCACCAGCCCAGUUUUGCAGCACUAAACAGAACUGGGGACAUGAUUGUCCAGAAACUCUCCCCCACCGAUGGAAGCUUCUUGAAAGACAAGCUAGCAGGUUUGAACGAACGCUGGAGUGCGAUCAUUGCAGAAGCGAAGGCGCGGCGGCCAAGGCUAAAAGGAGAAAGUAAGCAGGUGAUGGAAUAUAGAAAAAGACUAGAUGAGAUUAUCUGUUGGUUAACCAAGGCUGAGAAUGCUGUGCUAAAGAGGUCCACCCCUGAGCUGGAAGAAAACCUGCAAGAAUUAACAUGCUUAACCCAGGAGAUGGACGUACAAGGUGAAAAACUCAAAUGGCUGAAUAGAACUGAGUUGGACAUGCUUUCAGAUAAAAGCCUGAGUUUACACGAAAGAGAAAACAUUUCAGAAAACUUGAGAACUAUAAAUUCGACAUGGAAUAAGGUAUGCAGAGAAGUGCCUAGCGCACUGAAGGAAUGCAUGCAGGAGCCCUGUUCUGUUUCUCAUACAAGAAUUGCUGCUCAUCCUAGUGUCCAAAAGGUGGUGCUAGCAUCCUCUGCGUCAGAUAUUCCUGUCCAGUGUCCUCGAACUUUGGAAAUUUCAAUGCCUGCCGAUCUGGAUAAAACGAUAACAGAACUAGCCGACUGGCUGGUAUUGAUCGACCAGAUGCUGAAGUCCAACAUUGUCACCGUCGGGGAUAUAGAAGAGAUCAAUAAGACGGUUUCCAGAAUGAAAAUCACAAAGGCCGACUUAGAACAGCGCCAUCCUCAGCUUGAUUUUGUUUUUACACUGGCUCAGAAUUUGAAAAAUAAAGCUUCCAGUUCAGAUGUGAGAACAGCAAUCACAGAAAAAUUGGAAAAGGUCAAGAACCAGUGGGAUAACACUCAGCAUGGCGUCGAGGUCCGGCAGCAACAGCUGGAGGACAUGGUUAUUGAUAGUCUUCAGUGGGAUGACCACAGGGAAGAGACUGAAGAACUUAUGAGAAAAUAUGAGGCUCGCCUGUAUAUUCUGCAACAAGCCCGAAGGGAUCCACUCAUCAAACAGAUUUCUGAUAAUCAAAUACUGCUUCAAGAACUGGGCCCUGGAGAUGGUAUCGUAAUGGCGUUUGAUAAUGUCCUGCAGAAGCUGCUGGAGGAAUAUGGUAAUGAUGACACGAGGAAUGUGAAAGAAACCACCGAGUAUUUAAAAACAUCAUGGAUCAAUCUCAAACAAAGCAUCGCUGACAGACAGAGUGCCUUGGAGGAUGAGCUGAGGACAGUGCAGGCCACUCGCAGGGACCUGGAGAACUUCCUGAAGUGGAUACAAGAGGCAGAAACCACAGUUAAUGUGCUCGCCGAUGCCUCUCAGCGGGAGAGUGCUCGUCAGGACACGGUCUUGGCCAAGGAGCUCACACAGCAGAUGCAGGAUAUCCAGGCGGAAAUUGAUGCUCACAAUGACAUAUUUAAAAGUAUUGAUGGAAACAGGCAGAAGAUGGUAAAAGCUUUGGGAAAUUCUGAAGAGGCUACUAUGCUUCAGCAUCGACUGGAUGACAUGAACCAAAGAUGGAAUGACUUAAAAGCAAAAUCUGCUAGCAUCAGGGCCCAUUUGGAGGCCAGUGCCGAGAAAUGGAACAGGUUGCUGACGUCCUUAGAAGAACUGAUCAAAUGGCUGAAUAUGAAAGAUGAAGAGCUUAAAAACCAAAUGCCUAUUGGAGGGGAUGUCCCAGCCUUACAGCUCCAACACGAUCAUUGUAAAGCGCUGAGACGUGAGUUAAAGGAGAAAGAGUAUUCUGUCCUGAAUGCUAUAGACCAAGCUCGAGUUUUCCUGGCUGAUCAGCCAAUUGAGGCCCCUGAAGAACCAAGAAGAAACCUACAAUCAAAAACAGAAUUGACUCCUGAGGAGAGAGCCCAAAAGAUUGCCAAAGCCAUGCGCAAACAGUCUUCUGAAGUUAAGGAGAAGUGGGAAAGUCUAAAUUCUGUUACUAGUAAUUGGCAAAAGCAAGUGGACAAGGCGUUGGAGAAACUCCGAGACCUGCAAGGAGCUAUGGACGACCUGGAUGCUGACAUGAAGGAGGCAGAGGCUGUGCGGAAUGGCUGGAAGCCCGUGGGCGACUUACUCAUAGACUCUCUGCAGGAUCACAUUGAAAAAACCAUGGCAUUUAGAGAAGAAAUUGCACCAAUCAACUUAAAAGUUAAAACAGUGAAUGAUUUAUCAAGUCAGCUGUCUCCACUUGACCUGCACCCGUCUCUAAAGAUGUCUCGCCAGCUAGAUGACCUUAACAUGCGAUGGAAGCUUUUGCAGGUUUCUGUGGACGAUCGCCUUAAACAGCUUCAGGAAGCCCAUAGAGAUUUCGGACCAUCCUCUCAGCAUUUUCUGUCUACUUCAGUCCAGCUGCCAUGGCAAAGAUCCAUUUCACAUAAUAAAGUGCCCUAUUACAUCAACCAUAAAACACAGACAACCUGUUGGGAUCAUCCUAAAAUGACCGAACUCUUUCAAUCCCUUGGAUCAGUGGAUCUCUUAGAGUUGAAUACAACAAAUGAAGUUUUCAAACAACACAAGCUGAACCAAAAUGAUCAGCUUCUUAGUGUUCCAGAUGUCAUUAACUGUCUGACAACAACUUAUGAUGGCCUUGAACAACUGCAUAAGGAUCUGGUCAACGUUCCGCUCUGUGUGGAUAUGUGUCUCAACUGGUUGCUCAAUGUAUAUGACACGGGUCGGACUGGAAAAAUCAGAGUGCAAAGUCUGAAGAUUGGCUUGAUGUCUCUCUCUAAAGGCCUCUUAGAAGAAAAAUACAGAUAUCUCUUUAAGGAAGUGGCGGGGCCGACAGAAAUGUGUGACCAGAGGCAGCUCGGCCUCUUACUUCACGAUGCCAUCCAGAUCCCCCGGCAGCUGGGGGAAGUAGCAGCUUUUGGGGGCAGUAAUAUUGAACCCAGUGUUCGCAGCUGCUUCCAACAGAAUAACAACAAGCCAGAGAUAAGUGUGAAAGAGUUUAUAGAUUGGAUGCGUCUGGAACCACAGUCCAUGGUUUGGCUGCCGGUUUUACAUCGAGUGGCAGCAGCUGAGACUGCCAAACAUCAGGCCAAAUGCAACAUCUGUAAAGAAUGUCCAAUUGUUGGAUUCAGGUAUAGAAGCCUCAAGCAUUUUAACUAUGAUGUCUGCCAGAGUUGCUUUUUCUCGGGCCGAACAGCAAAAGGUCACAAAUUACAUUAUCCAAUGGUGGAAUACUGCAUACCUACAACAUCUGGAGAAGACGUACGAGACUUCACGAAGGUGCUGAAGAAUAAGUUUAGAUCAAAGAAAUACUUUGCCAAACAUCCUCGGCUUGGCUACCUGCCUGUCCAGACAGUUCUUGAAGGUGACAACUUGGAGACUCCUAUCACACUCAUCAGUAUGUGGCCAGAGCACUAUGACCCUUCGCAGUCUCCUCAGCUGUUCCAUGAUGAUACCCAUUCAAGAAUAGAACAGUAUGCCACACGACUGGCCCAAAUGGAAAGGACGAAUGGGUCUUUCCUCACUGAUAGCAGCUCUACCACAGGAAGUGUGGAGGAUGAGCAUGCCCUUAUCCAGCAGUACUGCCAGACGCUUGGCGGGGAGUCGCCGGUGAGCCAGCCCCAGAGCCCAGCGCAGAUCCUGAAGUCGGUAGAAAGGGAAGAACGCGGAGAACUGGAGCGGAUCAUUGCGGACCUGGAGGAGGAACAGAGAAAUCUGCAGGUGGAAUAUGAGCAGCUAAAGGACCAGCACCUGAGGAGGGGGCUCCCUGUCGGUUUACCUCCAGACUCUGUUGUAUCUCCUCAUCACACGUCCGAGGAUUCAGAACUUAUAGCAGAAGCAAAACUCCUGAGGCAGCACAAAGGGCGGCUGGAGGCUCGGAUGCAGAUUUUAGAAGAUCACAAUAAACAGCUGGAGUCUCAGCUCCACCGACUUCGGCAGCUGCUGGAGCAGCCUGAAUCUGAUUCCCGAAUUAAUGGAGUUUCCCCCUGGGCUUCCCCUCAGCGAGCUGCACUGAGCCACUCCUUGGACCCAGACCCCAGUCCACAGUUGCACCAAGCAGCGGCCGAGGACCUGCUGGCGCCCCCUCACGACACCAGCACGGACCUCACGGAGGUUAUGGAGCAGAUCAACAGUUCAUUCCCGUCUUGCUGCCCAAAUCUCCCCAGCAGGCCACAGGCAAUGUGAAGUAUUCAUCUAGCCAAGCAACAUUUCCUGACUUACACUAUCGCCCUUUCCAGCAAAUGCCAGGUCCAAGCUCCAUUUAAUCAGAAGUUCCAUGGCUCCUUGAAACAUGCUGUUGCGUGCUGACUGUGUUCUACUGAAGGAGUAAAACACUGACUAUCCAAAGAGAAAAGGAUAUUUUGGUUUUUAUAAAAAUCAUGUAUUAUUGUUUUUUUCUUCCCUUUCUAUGCAACUGUAAAUUGAUGAACAGAGUGGUAUUUGGAAAUGAUAAUACAUUUGUCACUGAUUUGUAUACUGUAUACAGCAUUGGGAAAGCGGGUGGGGGCUUUCUAUUAUGAUACCUUCUUUUUAAUAACCAUGGCAGAAAUUGCAUACGAAUUAGAAGACAAUGUUACAUUAUUACAUUCCUUCAUAUUAACCUUGUACCAUAACUUCAUUUAUGUCUUCAGCUACUUUCACCAUUAUGUUUUGGUUAUUUAUAAUUCAUCAGCCACAUGACCAAAUAGAUUUCCUGUAUUUGUUUUCAUGGUUUGGCCAAAUUAAUAAGUUUAUAUAUUUCAGUCAGUUAUAUUCUAUGUGUAUGUGUUAGGCUACAGCUCUGUGUAUACUGCUUAACUUUAUUUGACAUCAUACACUUACUUCUUUAGCAACCAGUUGGAUAGCCACAAUCCGAAUCCUGUGGGCCUAACUGGCAUUUCUCCUGGUAAUUUCUUUUUCCUCCCUGCAUUUUAUUUUCUUGCUCUUUCUAAAUGCUCUUGAUUUCUUUAUUUAUUUCAUGUCCCACUUUAUAUGAUGGAGACUUAAAGCAGGAUUAUAGUAAUCUCAAAGAUCGUUUUACCAAAGGUUGCCCAUUUAAGCAUACUUUCAUUUUGCCAUAGAAACAACCCCUUGGCACAGCCUUUCCUAGUUCCCGGGUCUUGAUUUUCAUCAUUAAGUACACAGCAGAACUUGACCUAAUUGUAAUACCGGAACACAUUGUUGCCUUCCAUUCCCUUCGAAGAGAAUUUUAUUGUUGUUUAUGUAUAUUUAAGCCCUUUAUAAUUCUUGAAACUCCCAGUUAUUUUCUUUCUGAAAGCAGACACAAAUUUAAUGCACGUCUCAUUUUACCUUUUGGGUAAAUGAACAGAUGUUCUAUUAGCCUUCCUGUGGUCCAUACAUUUGGGGAGGAUGUUUAUCAAAAGCCUAUGUCACUGCUUCUUCAGAAGAAGGAAAUUCAUGCUUAGAUGUUCAGACCCUGCCUAGACUUUGAGUGCAUUCAAUUAGGCAUUUGGUUCAGCUUCUGAUUUCGCAUUUAAUUGAUUCAGUUUAAACAUGUUACAUAAUUACCAAACGUAGAGAAACCAAAAAAAAAAAAAAUUUAACGUGUUUUGAUUCAAGUAUAUGUGCUUUUAAAACAUCAGGACAUUUUGACUUUGGGUUCUCUUUUACUGGGAUCUGGCCAGAAGGAGGCUUAAAGUUAGAAAUUCCUAUUCUUUUAGAAUAGGUUGGGUGGGUUGGGGGGCAAGGGUGUCUAUUUGCAGCAUAGAUAUUUUGAGAAGAAGAAAAUUGUUUUAUACAAGAGGAAAGCCAUGACCACCUUUCUACCUCAAAUCCAUCUUCAUCCAUUGUGUUGGAAAUAGCUUUAUGCCGCUAUAGUCUGCAAAAUCUAGAGCUUUUAUCAGGCCACAUCAUACCCAAGAAAAUUACCUAUUUAAAGAAAACAGAAAUUCCCUGAACUCUGAACUACAAGUUGUAGAUUUGGUGUCUUCCUUGUUCUUAGUUUGAAAAGCUAUGUAUUAAUUUUUUUCUGCCUGUAAUUGUGUGCAACACGUCCUCUCUCUGCUAUUAAGGAAAAACUACACAAAACACUACAUUGUAACCUUCUGUGUAAUAAUAAAUUAAAAGAAAUAUAUUGCAGUAAAAACAAAGGGAAAUAAGUAUGUAGUUCUUUUGAAAUCUGUGGUAAAGAACUAAUCAUAGACUAUCAUCUAAUCUGGUUACAUGUUGUAUUUUUCAUCCUGAAUAAAAUUAAUUUUAACACAAGA